UGUAGUAAUAAAGAUUCAUUGCUGACUGACUUUCUAAUGGACCCACUUUUAUGUCGUGAAUACCUACCUACCGACCUUCUUCCACUAUCCUGCAACAUCACUGUUGUCCCUUCCCACCCUUCUCUACUUCUCAGGAGACAGCAAUACUAAGAAUGGAAAGAACAAACAAUGGGGACCUUCUGAUUGAAGAAAGAGAUGGAACCGGAAGAGUCAUACGCCAUUUACACGCCUCACCCCCGCCCCCUCCCUCAUAUCACCAACAUCCCAAGCACUGCCGCAGACCUCCUCACAAAAAUGCGUCAAAUUCUCUACGACGCGUUCCUGCCAAUCGGCUACCCGGAAUCAGUAACCCCAGAUUAUCUGGGCUACCAGACUUUCGACUCGCUCCAGGCCUUCUUCUCUACCAUCACUGGCCUCCUCUCCAAUCGUGCCAUCCUGCAGGGUCUCGGCGUCGGCGACCCAAACUCGUCCGCCACAUACGCCCUCCUCCUGACAAUCCUCAAGGAUGGCAUCUCCCGCGUCGCCACUAUAGUCUUCGCCUACCGCUUCGGCCUGGUCAUCGAGCCCGAGUGCAAGAAAUACCGCUUUCUCGCUGAUAUCUUCAACGACAGCGCCUUCUUCCUCAACCUCUUCAGCCCUUACUUUGACCCCUGGACCAAGGUCGGCGCCUUAGUUCUCGCCGAAGCCUUGGGUGCCAUGUGCGGCGUUGCCGCUGGCGCAAGCAAGGCCGCCCUCUCGAAGCACUUUGCCCGCCGCAACAACCUCAGCGAGCUCAACGCCAAGGAGGCGUCCCAGGAGACGGCUGUCGGCCUCGUCGGCCUGCUCGUUGGGUCCGUCGUGGUGCGUUUCGUUGAGGGCCGCGAGGCUGUCUUCGCCCUCAUGACAUUCCUCGUCUUCGUCCACCUCGGCAUGAACUACCUCGGCGUCCGCUGCGUCCAGCUCGCCACCCUCAACCAGCAGCGCGCCACCAUCCUGUUCGAGCACUAUGCGCGGACGAAGCAGAUGCUGACCCCUGCGCAGGUCGCCAGUCGCGAGAACAUCCUCUUUUGGUCGCCCGUCAUCAAGAAUCACCGCGGGGAGGUUGUCGCGAAUAUCAGAUUCGCCAAGAGCUAUGCCGAUGCCAUGGCUGCCGACGUCAAGAGCGCCGGCAUCCGCUACAUCACACUCAAGUGCGAGGGCCAGUCGGAGAAGGAGGCAAAGACUGCUGCGGCGGGCUUCGUGCUCUGCCUCUGUGAGCAGCGUAAGGUCACCACUGUCAAGAUCCUGUUGCUCAGCGACCCCCCACACGACGAUGCGGAUGACCUCAACACCAUCGAGGCGUGGUUUUACGCUACCUUGCUCGCACGGGAUGGCCAGCUGGGCACGAAGACAAGCACGCUCAAGCUGCUUGGGGCUAUCCCCGUGGAUGAGAUUGAGAUUGACGAUGAGGAUCAGAAGCUGAACUUCGCGGCGCUUCAGGAAGCUGGCUGGGACGUCAGUGAGGCCAACUUGGACGCCUUUGCCCCACGCAUCAGCAUGGGAUACACAACCAAGAAGGAGCUGUAGGCGGGAUGAUGAAAAGACUGCACUGAAUGCACACGGCGUUCGGGACGGAAGACACUCAUGAUGUACAAUUUUCUAAUGAUACCAAUGGCCCCU